AUGGAUCGACAACCUACCUGGCAGGAUUUCCUUGAUUUCCAUUUCGAGCACCACAUCGGCCUAAAGGAACAGUCGCCUACAAGCAGUAGUACCACCCCGUAUUCCGCUAUUACGUCUCCUCCAGCAGGAAGCUAUCUCCGCCAAUCAGGCCUAAAUCUGACCAUUGUCCCGCGCAUUCUCGACUCUUUUCGUACUUUUUUAGAAGAGAAAGGAAUUUUGCAUCAGCUACUCCCUGUUGGAAUUGUCUACUCUCUUGAACGGUUUCAGCGGUGUUUAUCAAGAACUACCAUCUCCAUCGAAGCAUCAGUUGGAUUUAUCCUGAGUUCGAUGUUCCCGAUAAUCGAGGCAGCUGUCGAGGCGCUAACCGACCAGACCUUCACUGUGACGCAGCAUGCCCCGCUUCAACAAUACACGCAACAAGGUGGUAGAGACUGGAAAACCGUGACCAUCGCAACUGGGACGCCUGUCAAGUCUACAGGGAUCGAAGCAAAGGAGCCUCGAGUUCUGUUUCAUCACGCAACGGACAUGCAGAAGGAGUAUGAAUAUGAACCGCUCAUAGCACAGUACAACGCCAAGGCUAUGUGUAGCAAGGCGUGGUUGCAACUAUCGACAUGCAAUCCAGCAUCUGAAUACGGAAUAGUAUUUAGCGGUCUGUCUGCCGUCGUCGUUGAAAGAGGCUUAUAUGCAUUGAAUCAUCACGCCUUGCACGUGUCACCUCACUACCACGUCUUCCGCGAUGACAAUCCUCCCACUACUGCUGAGUAUGAUUUUAUCAAUGAACACAACCACUGUGAAAAAGGCAUACCGUUAUUGGCGAUCAUGACCUUCAUUUUGCUUCCAAACGCAUCUGUUCGUAAAGACGUCCACCCUGCGAUUCGGAAUCCUGUUACAGUCUCUCAACAAGACAAGACUAUUCAAGAGAAGCGAGCGCCAACCGAGACACGAACUACAGGAGAUGAGACUUCAGCUGGGGUCUCUGAGGCAGUAACUAAGGCGUCGAUGGUUUCGUUGAUAUUCGAACAUCCUGAUGUGGCCCAACUUCCUCGACUCCUCUAUCCCCAGAUGCUACACGAUAGCACCCCGCACGACAUUCCUCCGCUGUCUCCCUCAAGGAUUCGAUCUACUGGAUUUGAUACUGAGCUUCCUCCUUCUCCCUCUCAACCGCCUCCUUUGGUAGGCGUACAACUCUUCGAACGCAUUACUAUAGGCAAUUUUGCACAGGUAUGGCGAGGAUCGCUUACUGAUAGCCAAGGAACCGUCACCUCUGUCGUCGCCAAGAUGUACUCUCAGCGCUACUUUGAGGCUAUGAACAAGGAGACUCGUGCGUAUCGGCUUCUUUCUCGUCACGAAUUGGACAACCUUGCCCCCGUAUAUUACGGAACAUUUACAAUGGCUGAUGAAUCUUGGGGAGCUGUGAUUUUGAGCGACGUCGGAGAAGCAUUUCAUUAUUAUUCGUGGGACGAAGCAGGGAUGAAUUCGGAAGAACUCCGAACUAUUUGGAAGUAUGUGAAUGCUCUUCACUCGAUAGGACUCCAUCACCACGACCUUGAGCCGUGGAACAUCGCGAAAGAUCGGAAUGGAACCUUGCGUAUUCUCGACUUUGAGCGAUCUUUACUAGACAACUCGUGUCCUUGUGGCGAACUUGAGGGACUUGGCCAGCUUUUCGACUCUAUGAUGGAGUGGCGGUAA